CUUCUCUCCCUCUCCUCCUCUCGCUCGCUCGGCCUUUUCCUUGCACAACUCCCCUCUUGGUUUCUCAAGUCCUUUCCUUUCCUCUUUUCAUUUCUAUCCGUCACCGCCGGUGUUCCCUGCCCCCUCCAGUUCCUGGUUCUUUGUUUGUCCACCCCCUUCUCCCAACUGCCGAGGGAUCAAUCCGCUGCUCUACUUGCGUCACCUUCUUUGUUCCCCUCCAAACCCUUCGUCUUCUUCUCUCCCGCCAUGGCGCAAAUUCGCGGCACUGCGGGAUACAAUCUCGGCCAUCAGAACCCGUUCCAGGGUCCUGGUCGGGCAGACGCAACCGACGACCCGAGCCCCUUGGAUGCCAUUCGGGAACAAACCAGCAAGAUUGAGGAUUGGUUGGACACCAUGUCGGAUCCCGUGAAGCCCUACCUACCUGCCAUUGGUCGUUUCUUGAUCGUGGUCACCUUCAUUGAAGACAGUCUUCGUAUUCUUACGCAAUGGAGCGACCAGCUCCUUUAUCUCCGUGAUUACCGGAAAAUUCCUUGGGGUAUCACCCACUCCUUCCUGAUCGUCAACGUUAUUGCGAUGUCCAUAUGCUCUUUCCUCGUGGUUGCUCGCAGACACACCGAAAUCGCGGUCGCCGGUCUGCUGGGCGUGGUCGUCACUCAGGGCCUCGGAUACGGACUUAUCUUCGACCUCAACUUCUUCCUGCGUAACCUCAGCGUUGUCGGUGGUCUUCUCAUGGUGAUCUCCGACUCGUGGGUGCGCAAGAAGUUCGUGCCCGCCGGUUUGCCCCAGCUCGACGAGAAGGACCGCAAGAUGUAUGUCCAGUUCGCCGGUCGUGUGCUCCUGAUCUUCCUCUUCGUCGGAUUCGUCUUCUCGGGCCAGUGGACCAUGUGGCGCAUCAUUGUCAGUCUGACCGGCUUCGUCGCUUGUGUCAUGGUCAUUGUUGGAUUCAAGGCCAAGUGGAGCGCGAUCAUGCUUGUGGUGUUGCUAAGCAUCUUCAAUGUUCUGGUCAACAACUUCUGGACGCUCCACCCUCACCACCCUCACAAGGACUUUGCCAAGUACGACUUCUUCCAGAUCUUGUCCAUCGUUGGCGGGCUGCUUCUUUUGAUUAACAUGGGUCCCGGCCAACUGAGUAUGGAUGAGAAGAAGAAGGUCUACUAAAUCUAGGGAGCGGAUAAAAAACGACGCGAACGGGGAAAUGAACAAAGAAAAUCAAGAUCCGAAAUGGAAAAAUUGCGAAUUGAGCAAAUGGGAAAAAGACAAAGAAAGAAAAAGCUCCCGCAGAUUGUGUUCUCGUGGCAUUCAUUGUUAUUAUGAUUUUAUUGGGAUUGGGUGCUGAACCAACCUCUUUAUCCAUUCAAACGGAGUAUUUAUAUGAUUCAUCCAUCCCUUGAGCGUUUACCCUCUCUUUCUUUUCUUCUGGUCCAUUUAUCUACCAUACUUAUUUGGAAAUGUCCAAUGUUUCCGGGAGUUGUUCUUUCUUUUUCCAAUUUCAAUAUAUCAUCUGUUGGCUAGGUCUUUUGAAUUUCUAUAUAUUCUGUAUGCUAUAUAUGAAUCAUGCAGGGCUACAAAUUUACCAUUUGAAAACG